UUGAGCCUCUUCACAAGGAUGGUAUUUAGCUGGAGGAAUGAUUCUGACGAUGCGAUUCCGUACCCUGGCCGGGCAGUUUGAGCCAUGGCCGACACCAUCUUCGGCAGUGGGAGUGACCAGUGGGUUUGCCCCAAUGACAGGCAGCUUGCCCUCCGAGCCAAGCUGCAGACAGGCUGGUCUGUGCACACCUACCAGACAGAGAAGCAGAGGAAGAGCCAGUGCCUUAGCCCAGCCGAGGUAGAGGCCAUCCUGCAGGUCAUCCAGAGGGCCGAGCGGCUGGACAUCAUGGAGCAGCAGAGGAUUGGGCGGCUGGUAGAGCGGCUGGAGACCAUGAGGCGCAACGUGAUGGGGAAUGGCCUCUCCCAGUGUCUACUCUGUGGGGAAGUGCUGGGCUUCUUGGGCAGCUCAUCAGUGUUCUGCAAAGACUGCAGGAAGAAAGUCUGCACCAAAUGUGGAAUCGAGGCCUCCCCUGGCCAGAAGCGGCCCUUGUGGCUGUGCAAGAUCUGCAGUGAGCAGAGAGAGGUCUGGAAGCGGUCAGGGGCCUGGUUCUACAAAGGGCUCCCCAAGUACAUCUUGCCACUGAAGACUGCUGGCCGGGCUGGUGACCCCCACCUCCGACCUUUGCCUGUGGAGCCAACUGAGCUGGAGCCCAAGAGCACUGAGACCAGUCGUGUCUACACAUGGGCCCGAGGGAGAGUUGUUUCCAGUGACAGUGACAGCGACUCAGAUCUCAGCUCCUCCAGCCUGGAGAUCUUGCCCACCACCAGUGCCAGGGAUCUGAAAGGCGACAAACCCUGGAGUGAAUCAGGUGGCAACAUGGAGUCCCCCAAGAUGGGGCUCACCCGCCCAGCCAGCCACCUCUCGGGAAGCCAGAGCAGCCUGGCCAGCGAGACCGGGACAGGAAGAAGCCCUGCAGACCCGCAGGGGGGCACCCCUCUCUGGCAAGACUCCAGGGGUACUGGCAAAAGCCACACCUGGGGAAGUCCCCGCUGCUGACCGGGUUUCCAGAUGUCCUCUCUGCCUGGUCUGGGUAGAGGCCUGUUUGGUGCAUCUGGCAGGCUUUCCACGGAGGAGUUUGGGAGAGAAAGCUGGAACCAGGCCCUUCCCGGCUCCUUCCCGACCGGUCCUGGCCAGCCCUGUGGACGUGUCCUCUGACUCAACAAACCAGUGUUUCGGGGGCUGACAGCUUCCCCCACCAGUGCCUUUCUACAUCCCUUCUCUCCUGGACCCCUCUCCUUCACCCCCCCACACUCCCCCCACCAUUGCAUUCAGCCAUCACCUUUAUUUAUUGUUCUCCCCCUUCAGCCCCCAACCCUGUUUACCCUGUGUCCAUUGUAAGUCUGCGUGUUUUAUGGGGCAGCCUGGAAGGGCAUUCAGGUUUUUCUUGUGGGACCUUCCCACAUGCACUGCGAUCUCGGAGGGCACCAAGCAAGGCUUGCUCCACGUUUGUAUUAAUGAGAGCAGAAAUGCACCCCUGAGCCGUGCCCUUCAGCGCUGACCUUGGCCCUGCGAUUUGAACAGUGAUGUCCUCCCUCCGCUGCCUCAUUAGGUUUCUUGGGUCCCCAGGAUUUGCUCAGUCUAGCCCCUCUCCCCCCCGCCCCCGUGUAGCUGGGGAGGGUCUGAUGGACACUGACCACUCCCUGGAGAGCAGCCUGCAGCACAGUCCAGUGAGUGCUCGGGGCUCCCUUCUCCUCAGUAGGUUUUGUUUGGCACGAAAAACGCGUCAUUCAAAGUACAGGGAAGUGGUUCUGGGGGUGCUUCCCUGAAGAGAGACCAUGCGCUUGUGUGUGGUAGCCACAAGGGUCCUCCCGCCCCUCCGCCCACUCACCAGCCCCACCCCUGACGGGCUUGCAUCUCUGCACUCUCUCAGGCCCCCACUUUUUUGAACUUUUUUGCCCUUGUUCCUGGCAG